AUGCAAGUCGAAAAUGUCGUCUUUGGCAGCAAUUUUGACCCGAAAGAGUCUCAGUUCUUGGACGAAGACGGAGUUGUGGGAGACAUGGAUGGCUACAUGAACUACCUUUCUCUUGAAUACGACACGGUUUGGGACACCAAGCCAUCCUGGUGUCAGCCACGGACAAUUACACUGACUGGAGUGGUAGUGAUUGGUGGUAGCUGGCUGCUUCUGCACUCAGUCGUAGUGACAAUCUUAGCAGCCUUACUAAUUAGCACUUGCGUAUGCAGACACGACCGCCAUGCGGAGAAGCAAGGUGAACAAUGGUGUUGAAGACACGUUUGGUUUUGGGAAGAGUCGAUGAUCUUUGUUUGUGAACAUCAAAUGUGCAAAACGAAUGCAUUCACAAUGUUUGUAAAAUUACAUCUUAUUUCUAGAACAAAGCUACAAGAUGUUAAAUCCCGAUCAAUAUCGAUUAACGAUUUCGAUUGAA